AUGCGUCCCUUUCUGGAUAGUCUCCAAGGCUCCGUGGAAGAAACAAGAAGUAGCCAACACUGCAGCAGCUAUAAAAGGUCUUGAGGAACUCCAGGGAAUAUCAGCUGAUCACAGAAAGUUGAUUUUUUUUCAGUAAGAAAAGUUAACAACAAAUGAUGGGAAAUCCAGAAACCAUAAUAGAAGCCUACGUGGCUGUCAUUCGUCCAAAGAAUACUGCAAGCCUCAAUUCUCGGGAAUAUCGUGCUAAAUCCUAUGAGAUUUUGUUACUUGAGGUUCCCAUUGAAGGACAUAAGAAAAAGAGAAGGAAAAUGUUAUUAGAAACUAAGAUUCAGGAAGGCAGUGAUAUAACCCAAAGCAUCUUGGACUAUAUACUAGAAACCACCAAACCAAUUUCACCAGGAAACCAAGGGAUUAAAGGAAAAAGAGUUCUACUAAUGAAGACGUUUCCUCUUGGUGAGGACAUGGGCAAGGAUGCAUCUCUUUUCGUUGUACCAACCGUUGUCAAAGAUAAUACAAAGUAUAUUUACAGUCCUGGAUGUCCAAUUUUCUACUGUUUACAAGACAUCAUGAGAGUCUGCAGUGAAUCCAGUUCUCAUUUUGCUACAAUUACAGCUAGAAUGUUACUUUUCUUAGAUAAAUGGUUAGAAGAACGGCAUUUGCAAUCACAUUCAAUCCCAGCUCUAUUCAGACCAUCUCCUUUAGAGCGAAUUAAAACGAACGUUACAAACCCUGCCUAUGCUUUUGAACCCGGACAGAGCGAGAGUUCCCUUCACAUGGGAUACACUGCGCUGGAGAUCAAAAGCAAAAUGCUUGCACUAGAGAAGGCGGACAUGUGUAUUUACAACCCUUUAUUCGGAUCUGAUCUUCAGUAUACCAACAGAGUGGACAAAGUAGUUAUAAAUCCGUAUUUUGGACUUGGGGCUCCAGAUUAUUCGAAAAUACAGAUUCCAAAACGGGAAAAGUGGCAACGCAGCAUGAGCAGUGUCAUGGAAGACAAGGAACGACAAUGGGUUGAUGAUUUUCCUCUUCAUCGUAGUGCUUGUGAAGGUGAUACUGAAUUACUGAGUCAACUUUUAGAUGAAAACUUCUCUGUAAAUCAGUUGGAUAGUGAUCAUUGGGCACCUAUCCAUUAUGCAUGUUGGUAUGGAAAAGUAGAAGCAACGCGAAUGCUGUUAGAGAAAGGAAAAUGCAACCCAAAUUUGUUGAAUGGACAACUUAGCUCCCCUCUUCAUUUUGCUUCUGGGGGUGGUCAUGCCGAUAUUGUUCAGAUUCUCCUAAACCAUCCAGAAAUUGACAGGCACAUCACUGAUCAACAAGGAAGAACACCAUUGAAUAUGUGUGAAGAAAACAAACAAAAUGAAUGGGAAAAAACAGCUAUGUUACUUAAAGAGGCCAUUAAUAAACAAUAUGAAAAAGUACGAAUUUAUCGAAUGGAUGGCUCAUAUCGUUCUGUGGAAUUGAAAUAUGGAAACAAUACUACUGUGCAGCAGAUAAUGGAAGGCAUGCGUCUUUCUCAAGAGACACAGCAAUAUUUCACUAUUUGGAUCUGUUCUGAAAACCUUAGUCUCCAGCUGAAGCCGUACCAUAAGCCUCUCCAACAUGUUCAUGACUGGCCUGAAAUUCUCACUGAAUUAACAAACCUGGAUCCUCAGAGGGAAACACCUCAGCUAUUCUUGAAAAGAGAUGUGAGACUACCAUUAGAGAUUGAAAAAAAGAUUGAAGAUCCAUUGGCGAUCCUUAUCCUUUUUGAUGAGGCCAGGUACAAUUUACUGAAAGGGUUCUAUGCCUCGUCUGAUGCGAAGCUGAUCACACUUGCAAGCCUCUUGCUGCAAAUUGUAUAUGGAAAUUAUGAAAGUAAAAAGCACAAGCAGGGUUUCCUAAAUGAAGAAAACUUGAAGUCUAUAGUACCAAUCACCAAAUUAAAGAGUAAGGCACCUCACUGGACAAAUCGAAUACUUCAUGAAUAUAAAAGUCUCAGUACUAGCGAGGGUGUGAGUAAAGAGAUGCAUCAUCUGCAGCGCAUGUUUUUGCAAAAUUGCUGGGAAAUCCCUACAUACGGAGCUGCUUUUUUCACAGGACAAGUAUUCACAAAGGCAAGCUCCAGCAAUCAUAAAGUCAUCAGAGUUUACGUAGGCAUAAAUGUCAAAGGGCUCCACCUUCUAAACAUGGAAACAAAGGCUUUGCUCAUAAGUUUAAAAUACGGUUGCUUUAUGUGGCAGUUGGGAGAUGGUGAUACCUGUUUUCAAAUACAUAGUCUGGAAAACAAAAUGAGCUUUAUAGUUCACACCAAGCAGGCAGGUCUUGUCAUAAAACUUCUGAUGAAGCUAAGCAGUCAGCUGAUACCUGAAAGAAGCGAUUAAAUUAGAUGGGGAGCAGUUGAACGGGAUAAAAGACAUUGCCUGAUAGAGAUUAUACAAAACCCUCCGUUCAUUUGUACAUAUAUAUUAUACAGUACUAUUCUAAUAUAAUCAUUUAAAGUAUUUGGUUGGUAAAGCCAUAAGAAUAAUAUUUGCCUAUGUAAUUAACAGAAAUUCAGGAAAUAUACUAUAAUUCUAGACAUAUUGAGGCAUACUGACAAAGGAAUUCUGGGAGUUGAAGUGCAGAUAUCUUAAAAGAUGUCAAGUUUGAGAAACACUGCACUAAGAAAUUAAAGAAUAAACAACACGUCUGAAUAGACAUGUUUAAAUGGGUUUAAUUCUCUUCUGUGUUAUGAAUAUGUUCUAUUUCUAGAUUGCCCAAGAAAGUGUAGAUUUAACUCUAGGACAGUGAUGGAGCAGCUAUGACACAUAUAUCAAAGGUAACAUGCCACAAUGUUCUGGAUGACACUCCAGUGUUCACCAACAUCAACAACUAUUCUCAAAAUCAUGUCUAUUCUCACAUGAUUUUUGGAGUCUGCAGACUGAGAGAGUGUGAUGUGCUCUUGUGCAUCCUCCAGAGCCAGUGAGAUGGCAGUGCUUUUGUGUGGCCUUUAGAGCAGCAAUGGGCAAUUAGUUUUCCUAAGAGGCUACAUGAGAAACAGGGACUGUUGUGAAGGGCUGCUGCCAUGCUACCCCAAUCACCCCACCGCCAUGGACCAAGCAGGGAUAAUCAAAGGGCAGGAUGUACUUUGCAACUGUAAAAUGCCCAUUUCUGCUUUAGAGUCUCCAAAAAUCAUGUGAAAGUGUGGUUUUACAGAAUUCUUUCACGUGGUUUUUAGAGGCCAUGGAAGAGCAUUCUCCAAAGAGAGAGUGGAGAAUGAAUGAAGGCCUCAUGCAACCUAGAACAGCCUUGGAUAGGCUUGGUAACAGGCCUGUCAAGAAAAAGAAUACUCCUUGAAGGUAAGGGCACAUGGCAGAUCUUGGGAAGAUCUGGGCUGUGGGGACAAUCGCACUGUUCCCCAAGACUCAUGCUCCUUGGAGAACAGGAUUAGGGAGGCUUUGAGUGGCACCUGUGGCACUAGGGCUGAAACCAAGGCCUGGGUCUCUAUUUCAGGCCCAGCCUUGGUGCUGUUCUAGUGCUGCUGUUCAGGGCCACUAGGUACAGUGGGAGUGAGGAAGACAAUUGUUUCUCUUUUUGGGGGGUGGGAGGUGUUUGUGUGACAUAGCAGUAGAGCCAAGUUAGGCAUUUUCUGAGUUUUUGAUACACUCUGAGCCCAAAAGGUUUGCCAUCACUGUUCUAGAGAGACAUUGAGGUACUGGCAAUUCAAUAUGAAACCUAUGAAACAUUUGCAUGGGAUUUUUUCUAAAUUUCUUGUUAUUUGUGGUGUUGUGGUUAACAUGUUGGAUUAUGAGUGGAAGACACAUAUUUUAUCUUGUCCAAAGCAUACAAUUUGACUGCAUAAUUUUUGUCUUAGCCUAGUCUACCUCAGAGUUGGAAAAAAUAAGAGGGGGUGCCCUCGGUAUGCCUUCCUGAACUCCAAAAUAAAUGGUGCAACAUGCAACUCACAUAAAUAAAUACACAUAUGCAUAAGUUAUAUGUAAUUUGUGGGAUCUGAUAAUCUCUAGGGCAGCAUUAGUUCAGUGUAACUGGCUACACAUUGGUAUCUCAAAGAUGCCUCGUUCCAUAUUUUGAAUAAUAUAUCUCAGUAGGAGUUACCUUACAUACAAUUUGAAAUAUAUGGUCCUUGUAUGCCCUUGCUGCAUCAGAUAAUAACUCUGUUUUAAAAUUAUGUUUAUGAAAUACAGCAUUUAAAAAUAUUUGUAUA